AUGAAAGAGUUUCACUCCACCAACGUUGACCUCGAAUCCUUCAGUGUUUCCAUCUUCGUUCUCGGCUAUGCUUUCGGACCUUUGAUCCACGGACCAUUGAGCGAGCUCUACGGGCGGCUCAUCCUGUACCACGUCAACUCCCUUCUCUUCAUUCUAGCCAAUGUUGCUUGCGCACUGUCGGUUUCGUUACCGAUGCUCAUCGUCUUUCGUCUCAUCACUGGCCUCGUUGGCUCUUGCCCGCUGGCCAUUGGUCCAGCUAGCGUCUCGGACUUGUUCGUCCAGGAGGAACGAGGCAAGGGCCUUGCCGUCUGGAACCUACCGGUACUCCUGGGUCCGGCCAUUGGGCCGUUGGUUGGAAGCUACCUAUCAGCGGCCACUGGGUGGCGGUGGAAUUUCUGGUUUCUAGCAAUUGCGUUCAUCACUGAUAAGACGUGUAACAGAUGGGAGCGAUCUACAUCGCUGCGCUACUCUUGCUUCGAGAAACUCACUCACCAACGCUACUAG